AGAGGCUCAGUGCUUGGGCAUUCCUUCCCUCGCUCUCUUUCGCUCCCUCCGCCGGAGCUGAGUGAACAUACCUCUGGCCCUUCUACUGGGAAUCCACAGGGAUUUUUCUGCUCUGUCCUUCAGGAGGGGCUCCUCACAGCCAACGGCAAAAUGCAGGAGGAUGGUAAGGUAGUGGACGGUAGUCUGCUGGGUGAUGCUAACGGAGUGGACCCAGUCCCCGGCAGACAGAAGGCCAGUGGGAAGUGGCAGAGGCCUCGAUUCACCCGUAAAGCCCUGAUGAGGUGCUGCCUGGUCCGUUGGAUCAUCGCCAGCGCCGGACCCAAAGAGCAGGACGACAGCAGUGACAGUGACUUGGAGCUGUCCACCGUCCGGCAUCAGCCAGAGGGCCUGGAGCAGCUGCAGGCUCAGACCAAGUUCACCAAGAAGGAGCUGCAGUCCCUCUACAGGGGCUUCAAAAACGAAUGCCCCAGCGGGCUGGUCGAUGAGGAAACUUUCAAGACAAUCUACUCUCAGUUUUUUCCUCAAGGAGAUGCCACUACAUACGCCCAUUUCCUGUUCAAUGCAUUUGAUCUGGACAGAAACGGGUCCAUUCGCUUUGAGGACUUUGUGAUUGGUCUUUCGGUGCUCCUGAGAGGCUCUGUGACAGAAAAACUGAACUGGGCCUUCAACCUUUACGACAUCAACAAAGAUGGGUACAUCACCAAAGAGGAAAUGCUUCUGAUCAUGAAGUCUAUCUAUGAUAUGAUGGGUCGGUACACUUACCCCAGUGUAAGAGACGAAGCCCCAUCUGAACACGUGGAAAAGUUCUUCCAGAAAAUGGACAGAAAUCGAGAUGGUGUGGUCACUAUUGAGGAGUUCAUCGAGACGUGUCAGAAGGAUGAGAACAUCAUGAGCUCCAUGCAGCUCUUUGAGAAUGUGAUAUAGAGCCGCACCAGUAAAAAUGAACACUCUUCUGAAUUGAACACUCCUUCUCAGCCUUUCCUCUCCACAAGCCUCCAGCCUCCAGCACCCUGUCUAGCAUAGAGCAUUGCACUCCAGCCUGCUGCACUCCAAUAGAGCCGUGUAGAGUAGCACACAGGGGUUAGUUCGGGUCGGGAGGGGGACUCUUUUUACUGCACAGCAACAAGAACGUGAAAAAAAAAAGCAAAGGAAGAGGAACGAACAGCUUGAAUCUGUGCAGCCUUCAACCUCUGGCUGAAGAGUUGGUGGAGCUGACCUCUGACCGUUUCUGCAGCUCCCUCAACACCACCAGCCAGCCUGGAUCGGCCUUGACCGAGUAUCUUCCUGUUCAUCUGAAGCCUUUGCCCUUACAUACGCCCCGGUCUGAGUCCAUGGACCGCUGUAGUUCCACGAGGAACAUUUAGGGGCGAUACAGACUCAAAGAAGAAGCGAGGGGAUGGACUAUAUUCACCAAAAAAAAGACAAUAAGACAAAAACACAACACUGAACGUAAGCAUGCUCAUCCAAAAAAUGUGUGAUUUUCGUGGUUUGCUUGCACUGAGAAUGACAAAAGUUGUACAUUUUCCUCCUUUCGUGGGCCAGUAGAUUCUCCCAGAGACUACACGUAGACUAAGGGGACUCGUAUGUGUAGCGUGAAAUAGUGUAACAUAUCAUUUACAAGCUCUGCUCCAAUCUUUAUUGCACUGAAGGUGAACAAAGCAGUCUAGAGUGCUGUGUUGGGUCAAGCACUGGUGAAAAAAGAACCUGUGCUGUAUUUUAAGGAACGUGUUUAUUUGUGCAUCCGCUGUCAUAUUCUGAUGAAAUGCAGGGCGUUGUUUUGGCAGGGUAAGCCAGCAUUGUGGGAAAUGUGGUUUACAAGUUGGUGACACUUUAUUUGGAUAAUCUGGUUUAGAUGCUUUGUAGAUUCUUAAUUUACUGAGCUACAUUCAAGUAAAUAUCUGCUAAAUUGACCAUCAUUUAACUCUAAACCUGCUCUAAUCCUAACCCCAACCUUAACCUCAACCCAAAACCUAAACCCAGCCCUAAACCUGGUCAAAAUCCGAGUUUCAACGUAUAGUUUUUUAACAGUUUGAACGCCUGUAAAUAAUCUAUAGGGGGCUAAAGUGGGCUAUCCAAAUAAAGUGAGACCCAUAUGUUAAUUUUCAAAGUUAUGAUUUUCAUGUGCUGCAUUGAGAAAAUUUUCUUCCUUACUUUCUUAAAUAAUCACAUAAAAGGGCGACUUCAGUGGUGAGAAAGUCAAAAUAUGUCCCCUCAAUGAAAUUCUAAUUCCUGACCAGUACAGUUACACAAGCAGUUAUAUAAAAAUGUAAAUGUGUUCAUAUUAUUUAUUUAGUGUUUAUUUGAUAAAGAAUAAUGCAAUCUUAUGUUGAGAUGAUGAAUAAAGAAUGCACUCCUCUCGUUCA